AAAUGUUUUGAAGUAAUUAACUCUUCGUCGGUCCACAUAAGUACUAAUGUAUUGUAUACAGAGGAUCUCACACUAGAGACUUGUAGCUCCACAUCAGUACGAAAGAGAGCACCAAAAAUUAAACGUCAAAAAUUAUACUAUUUGACUUUUAAUAAGAAGAGGGAAAUAAGGCAGAGAUGAACCUGAACGAGUGGAUAGAGUCGUCUCCUUACCACGGAAUCAUUGUAGGAGUCGUCUUGUCCACUACCGUCUUCUGUGUCUUCUUAGUGUUAUCUCUCUGGCUGCACAGUGUUCGAAAUCCUCAGACCCAUCAGCCGGGAAAAUCUGGUGCAAAGUCUAUCGGACAGAAAAACAAGAGUUCUUUAACUUGUAUCCGCCUUCUGGAUUCCGCCCUUGGAAACUGUAAGGUCCGAACUAAUUACGCAGAGAAUUUAACAGAGUCUAAUAAUGUUUCUCCCAUUCCCAACCGCAAUCAGCAGAGAAGCAUGGAGCCCCAGCAUAAGAAAGAAGAGAAGGAGCUGGAAAACCUUUGCGUGAUACAAUCUACGGAAUCCCUAAUGUGCCGUCAGAGUCAGCUAAAGACAGGCAGCAUCAAAUGCUCUUGCUGUUCAAGAAAGGCUGAAAAGAAAAGCCAGGCCAACGACCAGGUGUUCCUGGCGUCUUUGUCAACAGAUGAGAAAAUGAGACGGAGGUACUCGACCCCACGCAGUCUGAAGUCGUCCGACUUCACGUCAAGCUCAAGCCACGAGAGAACAAGCCCCCCGAGAACUAAACGGCACAGCGUGCCCGCGCCUGCGAAGAGGCCCCUUGUCCAGGACGAUGACGCUCGAAUUGUCCACAAUAACACCCAGAAGUCGUCGGACGAUGGGUGCGUCUGGAAACUCAUCUUGCCAAAGGAUGACAGCUUCAGGCUGAAUAUCACUUGCACAAAGCUGGAUGGCUCCAUAGAAGCCAAAAGCACUCUUCAUAAGUCAGUAGAGACAUUCAUGUCACAAAGUUUCUUAGCGAAUGAAGCAGGAGCUGCCCAAAGAUGUGCACACCGGUUCUUAGCUAAUGAAGCAGGAUCUGCCCAAAGCCAAAGAAGUGCACACCGGUUCUUAUCUAAUGAAGCAGGAUCUGCCCAAAGAAGUGCACACCGGUUCUUAGCUAAUGAAGCAGGAUCUGCCCAAAGCCAAAGAAGUGCACACCGGUUCUUAGCUAAUGAAGCAGGAUCUGCCCAAAGCCAAAGAAGUGCACACCGGUUCUUAGCUAAUGAAGCAGGGUCUGCCCAAAGAAGUGCACACCGGUUCUUAAGAAACAAAGAUAAAAAAGAGAGUAAUAUCGACGAGAACCUUGGUAAUCCUAAAUACAAAAAUGUCCAAAGAAAUUCGGAGGAGGUUAUGAAGCCCCACAGAUCGCCGUCAGAAUUAACCGAUUAUAAAGUUAACGAAUCUUGGGCGAAUUUAGAUGUCUUCUCGGAGCCUCAGAAGCUUACAGUCCCUGUGUCCGGAAAUAGCUCCUUAAGACGAAAGAAUGGCCAGCCAAGACAGCAGCACCAGAAAACACUUACAGAGAAGAACACAGAGCCAAAUUUGUUGAACCAGUCCAAGCGUUUAGUCAGUAGAAAGAGUAGUUCCAACGUGGAAAGUGAUCAAAAUGUGGCCAGCAAAAUAAACAAGCAGAACGAGAGCAUGAUUACGUUGACAGAGCAGAGUAGAGAGAUGAGCAGCAUUAUCAACAGAAGUCCUUCACCCCAUCAGUGUCUGUCGUCCUCUUCCUGGAGCGACGCCGAUGAAAAUAUAUACUUAGAUAAGCCUGGUCAAAGUGUGGUACCAAUAAAAGAGGACAAAUCAGGUCGACCGCUUUCCAACAAGACCCAAGAUGAUUUUAGGUCGAGGCAACGCGUUGAACAAUCUGUAUCUCCGUAUAUUCAAAAUGACCAGAGAGUCAUGAAAUCUAGCACACUUAAGUACAGAUCAAAGCCGGUUAGGCCUUUGAAUUGCCCAAUGUUGAAUGCAUUACAAAAGUCGUAUAGUAUUUCGCAGGGCUCGGUCAAAUCAGAAACCUCAAGUAAACAAGUGGAAACUUUUCAUGCUGUAUACCCCGAACACAAAGGAGAACCCCUAGAGCCUUUAGUAUUCAGAAAACGAAAGCGUCAAAUUCCAAAGCUAAUACAAGGCAGUGGGAAGCGAGACGAAAUGUACGCUCUGGGUAAAACUUCGAACGCCGUACAAUCGUCGACGUCCAGUGACGACAAUUCGCUCAUGUCCCUCAAGCUAUUUCAAAACAGCAACAAGAAACAAUCAGACGAACAUCUUAGGAUUACUUUCCGUCCGUGCUCAGCGGCCAAGCUCACCUCCCAGCCGGUGCCGACAUUUACGCUUCACAAGUCGUACCUCGGGCUUCAGAGACAUACCAACCAAAACAGCGAUAAGGUUUUAACUACAGCGAAACCCACAAGAAAGCGCAAAGGCCAAUGGAAAAGUAACACUAAUGAGAAUCAGCAAACUGGGGCCAACAUUUUUGACUGUACAGCGGAACUACGGAAGAUUAUAGAAGUAACAAUGAAAGACUUAGAAAGAUAUAAUCCUCCUGAAAGUACGAAAAUAGGCACAAAUAUUGAUUCGAAAGAAACAAGAGGGAAAGAAGGUACGAUCAAACAACCGCAAGACACGCUAAUGUUUGGUCAGAUUAAUAAUUCGAAGCGUAAGAAUGAAAAAACUGUGCGUCGCGAGUGUCUAGCUUUCAGUGACAUGUCUUGUAAGUCUCGCCUGUCUUUGUUUCAUAAUUACAGUCUAAUGAAUGAGUGUUCCCAUGCACAGACGGCCUCAACAUCUACAGAUCCUUUGAGUCAGUCUAUGCCGAGAAGAUCCUCCCGAAUAGACAAGAAAAGUUCUAGCUCCAAAUGCGGCGCCAAGUUAAAAAUAGGUCUUAAAACAAUGAAUGACAUCCCUGUGGGUGUAAUGAGCUUGUCAGCUGAUUCCAAUGAUGGCGCGGCGACUUCCAAAAGCCAAGAGUCCGGCUGCUGCCUCUCAGAACCAACAGUACAUAAAAGUCCUGGUUUCUUCCUAAUCGAGGAAAGCGUCGACUGGUCCUUCCCGAUACAGAAGAUUCUGAGCGAUGACAACUUGGAUUGUUUCCAAGGAGACCAGACGCCUCAUUUUCAAACGUGUUUGAAACACAAGGCUAUGGAUGUAACAGAAGACUCGUGCGACUUCUCAACCAAUUCUUACAAAGACUACUGUAAAAACAAAGAAUGUUCUGUCGAGGACAGCGAAAGGAAUCUCGACCUGCCAUUAAACCAAGCAGUAGAGCUCUUCUCGAUUUUAAAGCACAAAGCUAAAAGAUUGUAUGCUACUUCUUCGGGAGAACUUUGUCCUAAACACACAAGACACAAGUCACGAAGGAACGAGUUUGGACCUGGAGGAAAUGAUUCUACAAGUAAUGGAAGUGUGACUGUUUGCGAAAGUCGUAAGCAGCGUCAUAUAGCUUUGAAUCUUUGCGCUCGACAGCCCUCUGAAAAUGAGAGUCACCUUUCUGAUUGCUACACUUGCUCCACCAAAAGUGUUACCAGCACCACGCAGUCCUCGUCUGACUCUGUUACAAAACUGUCUGAUGCCUCGUGGAGGAGUGGUCAGUACAGAAGGCAGAGGUCAAGCGUCUUCUCAAAUAUAGUCUCAACACCGUCUUGUGAUGUGACUAAAAGGGUAUUUCAGAACCGAAACGGAUCGCCCUGUUUUCCCGAACCUACCAACACGAUGAGAAGCUCCCCUUUCAAUGAGUUGGGUUCACGGGAAUAUGAUUUAAAAUGGCAAAUUGGACAGAGGGACAGACAGACCUUUAAGAAGCUGGGUCAAUGCAUUUCAGUGAACAGUAUAGGUUAUAGAAGCAAGAAAAAUCUUAAGAAAUAUACACAAAAAAACUCUAAUUAUAAGCGUUCUUCUUGUUCAGGCGAUACAUUUUUGAAAGAUACUUUCAGAAGAUGGUCGAACAUGAACAGUGAUACUGUAGAUGGACAUAUAACUUUACCUAUCAAAGAAAGCUUCGCAUUUGGGCUUCGAUCCGAUGAUGAGUUAUCGCAUGAAACCCGGAGUGUAUCCGCCAUAAAGGUCUGUGUUAGUAAGAACCAAAACGCCUCGCUCAGAGCUGCCCUGCAUAGAUCGAGAAACUGGUCGCGUUUUUUAAGCACAGCAAAGAAUCAUUUGACCCACAGUGAUCACCGAUUCGGGGACAUCAGAGGUUUCUUUUAUUACAAUAAAUGCAAUCGCAGCCCAUUUCGUGGUAUGGCUAAUAAAAUAGAGAUCAGGUCAAGCAAAAACUGUACAGGCAGAUCAGUGAAAUGCAUAACACAAAAGCAUCGUGUCUACAAAACUAAGAACACAAGAAAAACGAACAGACUAGAGAAUAAGAUCAGAGAUGCUUUACAGGCCUCAAAAAAUUAUUCGAAGGAUAAAAUUCAAUGCGAUCCUGUGUUUCCCGUCACCUCUGAGCAGUCAAGUUCUGAAGUCUUCAACUCAACCUCAAGUCAAAACUCGGAACUCUCAUAUUCCUUCGAAACAAAUCAUGCUCAAGAAUUACCAGCUCUUCCUAAGUUUUACGAGAACCACAAAACCAAAAACGAAGACUCAACCUCGUAUGAAAUUUCUGGAAUCUCUGACAAAGUCUCACUCGAGGUUUUCCCUGGUUCAGUGAUGUCAAGCGGGACGAUAGUUCAACGAUACACCAGCUCUCUCGAGAAUUUUUUAAAACGCAAGAGUUCUAAAAACAUGAGCCCAAAGGCGAGAUUCUCGCCUUCCGCUAAAAAUAUGAAAUAUCCUAAAAAAUAUAAAUCUAGUUCAGAAACAAAUAUUUCAGAAUACAGUAUUCGCAGUAGAUCUUGCUCGGACACGGACUUCUUAAAAUUGGUAACUCUUAAAGAAAAAUCGAAAUUAGACAAAGGGGAUUAUGGCGACGAUAAAAUAGGCAGUAAAGGUAAUUUUGUAUUUAGCAAACAUUUUAAAUAUUCAGCCAAUUGUCAACCUAGUCUAGAGAAGGAAACUUUACGAGAAGUUUUAAAUCAAGAAAUAAACUGUCCAACCGGCAGUGUGCUCCUCAAUAAGCAUACAGUGCAAAAGAAAAUGAGAGUGAACGUUAAAGCAGCUAAAAGGUCCGCAAGUCUUGAAAGCUCCUUAGAUCUGUACGUCGUGGAGAAAGAUCUAACUCGUGAUGUGUUUAUCGCGAAGAAGGAAAGAGAACCCACAAAAGUCAUAAGUUUGGAGGAUGAUUUAGCCCAACAGGAAAGCACGUCCUCUCCCAAACACAAGAUGCCUAAAACUGCAGUUGGUUUGAAUGCCGAGCAGGUAUCGUACAUGGAGAUUUUGCCGAAACAUGGGAAAUUUAGAGGCCUGCGACUGAGCGAGAUAGAGAGGCCACCUAUGACUGACACAGACACUGAACGCAGGAAUACAAAGUUACGAAAACGGAAACACUGUCUCUUAAGGUCAUCAUCUCAUGUGUUAAAUGACCUAACGCAGCCACAAAAACCACCAGUCAGCAAAAGACCUUCACCUUGUUCAGACAAGAUUGGUGGGGCCGUCAAUAACAAUGACGCGUUGGGUACUGCAAGGCGCCCACGACUGUGCGACACAGAAAUGUGUGCAAAAAGUCAUCCGUCUUAUUGUCUUCAACAUGAUAAAAAGAUUAACAGGCUUUUACCUAAAAUUUCAUCCGUCGAAACAGAUUUGAGCUCACGUGAAGAGAAGAACAAAAAGGCUGCCCCAAGAAAUACUGACUGUCAUCCAAGCCAAUCUUAUGAACAAGAUAAUCAGCAGAGAGAUGAUAGACACUGCCAUAGACCUGAUAGAAGAACAAGAAGUCCAUACAGGCAGGAUUUAAUAGGAUCACCAACUAAUCACUGCAAGAAUAAGCGUUCUAUAGUUAACGAUAAGAGCAUGAAACCAAAGAAUGAACCAGAACCGCUCAUUACUUUACAAAAUACACAUAAAAAAGAACCAAUUUUAAAAACACGGGAUUACUACUCGUCAGUAACAAAGCGACCACAAAAACAAUUUUCAAAUGGACAGACCUUUUCCAUAAGCACAUCUUCUGCUUCCGGUGACCGAGAUUCACGAGCUGAAACGAACAAGAAAGUUCGCCCUCCAGAAGAGGUAGCUAAAAGCGCAACAAUGCAUUGUGGUGUGCAAACCAGUUUCUCAAUGUCAAAGCCAGUCGCCAAAGAAGAUAAAGACACACUUGUCAUCUUUCCCGAGCCCUGCAACCAAAGUCUCAAAAUCGAUAACGUUUGCCAAACAGACGUCAAUAGUUUACCCGAAAUGGUGGACAAACAUAUUCAAUGCCCAACACUUGGGAGCCAGGUCGCUGUCGAACUCAUGGAUCUGCUGACGCUGAUAAAGACGGGUAAGAGCUACUACGAGAGAACAAACGUUCAGACAAUAAAAGCUCCGCAGCUUGAUCCGAACGACGGCGUUGUCUUGUCAGGAUGUCGUCUAGAUGGUCAAAACUUGGGUCUUGACCAAUGCCGAGAUAGGGUUCCAGAAACUGAUAAAGUAAAGACGUCUCGUAAAACUUCGCUCGAAAAAACGGUGACAACAAAACGCGAGACUGAACACUACGACAAAAUAUGGAAAGAUAAAUUUGGAGUACGCCUUGAAUCUAAAAAGUUGGAUCUAGCGGAGAGCAUUGAAACAAAGGUGGAAAUAAACAAACACGUAGAGAAGAACGUCAGGAAGUUUACGGGCUCCCUAGCUGAUGUCACUGAUAGCCAGAUCCAACAAGAGGCUGUUCUAAAUCAAAGUGUUCAAAGGAGCCGGUUUGGCUACGUCUACAAGAUCCCGUUUAAACCAACAGAUCAAAGCAUUGAGCUCAGCAAUGUGCCAGAGCAAAAUCAGAAACAAAAUCCGGGACAAGAAACAGAGUUAUCAAUCGAAAAGGCGGCGAGAGACUUAAAAACUACUGAACAACUGCUUUACCCAGAACAAUGCUUAGACUACCAAACGCAACCAGACGUCAAACCUAAGAAACAAAAUUGGAGAUAUUCUUCCGACAGUAAAAACUACCAAGAUAUGCUAGCCAAUCAAAACCAAGACGCUGCUCGAAGACCACCGUGUUGGGAUUGGUCUUUAGAACCUAAGUGUCACAAGUUUCGAGAUGAAUUAAAUAAGACAAAGGGAUGUAAUAAUGAAAAAUUGACAAACAGGCCACCUCACCGGGACACUACAGAAAUAGAGAUAAGCCACGCUUUAGAAGAACAAGGCUUUGGUAGCAAACAGCUACCAUGCUUACAUGAGCCAACACCGAAAGAAUCCAAUAAACAAUCAGAAAACAGGCAAGUGAAACAAAACGGAAAUUCUGAAAAGAAAAAUAAGUCUGAUUUUAAAUCUAAGAACCCGAAUGAGAUCUAUCUGAGGAAAGAGUCGAAUAAGGAUUUCUCUUCAAAACAAUUAGACCAACACAACGUUGUCGCAGCUUCCGGUGACAACAAUUUGAUCUCUGCUAAAUCAAUGCUAAGUAAAGCAUUUCAAAAAGGAGACAAAUUAAAUGACUCUGGAACAAUACAGAAACAUGACACAACAUCUCACAAGAAUACUCUCAUAAGCCUUGAGCAACUAAAGGAAGACGCCCACAUUCAUAAAGUCUCUGAGCCUGAACAGAAUCGAGACUUAGGACUCAACGAUUUUAAAGCUAAACUGUGGCAAAACAAAGCCAAACCGAAUGUUCAAAGUCAUGGCUAUACUUCUGUCUUGAGCAAACAAAACUUAAAAGACACAAGUUUAAAUAUCAUUGGCACACCAAAAGUCUUUGCUGGGCAUCAGAAUAGCGCGUGCAUGAAAGCUGGAACGCCACAGCGUAACAAUAAGGCUGAAAGAGAGAUCAAAAUCCAGAUCAAUCUCAACAUGACUAAUAGUAGGAAACGGAAAAACCCAGAUACAUUAGAAAAACAGAAGGAAAACUCGCCAUGUAAAUCCCAAGAAUUGAUCAAGAGUCAAAGUAUAAAUAGAAAUUGCAAGCUUCCGUUGUCGCAAAGAGUAUCACGCAGAAAUAAUUAUCGAGAAAAAUUGAGACUUCAAGCGCAAAAUAAGAGCUACGGGAAACUCAACAGCCAUGCAAGUGAUCACCUCAAAGCCGGGGCUCAUAGUCCGUCCACUUCUGCAGAUAAAAGACAAGACUACAAUGAGAAACCAGAACAUGUUCAAUCCGCUAAGGACUCUCAGCCAACAUCUAAGAGAAACGUAUCCAAAGGUGAGCAGACGGAUGCCACGGAUAUGAAGGACAAAGUAGUCAUGACGUCACAGUUGGAGGAUCCGCCCAUCGUGUGCCAUUCAAAGAAGACAGACAUUUACAAUACGUUGUUGUCUGCCUUACUCGUAGCGCUCCAGGCUCCAAAUAAUCAACAGCAGAGAUCUGAACAUACCGGGAGCACAAUUCUAUGUCCUUGUCCUUUACAGGAGCAAGCUUUUAUCUCCCAAUUUAAACAUUCUCCUUAUGACAGUAUUCAGCGCUUCAUCGAAACGACUCAAAAACCGUCGCAACUGGCAGCAAUUCGUUCUAAAAUACUGCAACACAAUGGACAACGUUUGCGCUCUGACGACCUGAAGCAGUCAGAAACUGAAAAUAGAAACACACUAGAAAAAGAGGAGCAUUCAAAAUUUCGCAACAAAAACGAUGUCCGCCCACCACAAAAUAUAACAUCAACUCGAAGUCAAAGAAAGUCUAAAAUACCUGUGAAGAAGCCAGGACCAAAACGAAUAUUAUCUCAAGAUGAAGAAAAAUUAGUCUGUAAUGAAUAUACUUUACAACGUGAUGGUAGAUCGAUUCCCAAUAGGCCAUAUAAACGUUACUCAGUAACCAAAGGACGAGGCAACGCUGCUGAUCAGACAUUCAACACACCACUAGAGGAAGCUGACAAAGAAUUAACCCCGACUCACAGAAAAAAAGAAGUACAGCUUAAUAAGAAACUUGUCGGCGCUGGAUUCAAAAGACAAAAAAAAAAUUCACAAGGAGUUAAAGAUUUUGUCAUUAACACUAAAAACUCAAAGAGUAAUCUUUGCUUAACAUCAGUCGACCAUGAAAGUGAUGGAAAAGGCUUAAUACCAAAUGAACACAGCUUUCAGUUAGAAAAAAGUCGAAUAACUGCAAAAUGCAAAAAAAUUCAGAGUCCAAUAGGCAUCGACUUGGUAGACAACUAUGACAAUCAAAGAAUUACCAACAAAACGGCAAAGGAACUCAGGCCAUUCGUUCAGACUGAUGCUAGGUUCAACUAUUUAAUCGCUUUGUCAAAGAGAUCGAACAUACGCAAGGGGAAUAAAGAAGAAACCUUUGAAAAACACGAGGACGAUCUACAGUCACACAAGCGCGCUAACAUGGAGAAAGAAAACCAGCAAGUAGAACAUCAGAGCAAGCCUGUCAGGUCUGACCAGCACAGGAAACUUGAAAAGCUUCACCACCGCAAGUCGCCGGAGAAUUCUGUUCAUUACUUCGAAAUGAAUCAUAGAAAAGACUUUGAGAAAGAAAUAUUGAAAUAUCUUCAAGCUCUAAAUACAUCUGAUAAAAAUGUUCAGCAUUAUUAUCCAAAUGAGUGCCACGAUGAACGAGACCAUGUCUAUAUAAAGCCACCACACAAGCCAACCAAACCAUCACACAAGCCAACCAAAUCAUCCCACAAGCCAACCAAAUCAUCCCACAAGCCAACCAAUGUCAGAGAGGACACACACACGACACUGUCCGAUGACAGUUGUAAGUUACCGCGCAGAAAAAUGACUAAACGAGACGUUGGUGGCACUCAGAAGUGCAAGGAAACCUUGAUCAGGGAAGAAGUGCACCCGACAUUUUCCGAUGACAGUCUUAAGUUACACAAUAGACAUAUUACUAAAAGACAAGAUGGCGUUCAGAAGCGCAAGCAAACGGAUGUCAGAGAAGAGCCACACCCGACACUGUCCGAUCAGAGUCUUUGGUUACUGCACAGAAAAAUGACCACAAGAGAAGAUGAGCUCCACAAUGCGACAAGUAAAAUGUCUCCUUUCAGGAAAUCUAGGCGUUUCACCAAAAGUACUUUCCCUUUCUCCACUGUGUCAUCUCCGCCCUCCAAACCCCACAAUACGCUACCCCUUCAAAAUUAUUCAUCCUUGACCACCGGCCACCUCUUCCUCGACACUUUGAAUGACAUAUCGGCCACAAAGGUAUUUGAACCCGCCGGGUCACUUCCGAAAGCGCCCGAUAAAGCCCGACAGCCACUAAAAUCUCAUCACAAGAUGCAGACGUCUCGGAUACAGAAAACUGGACAGACCGCCAGACAGUAGCGCAUGCGCAUGCACUAUCUCCUGUUCCUCUCGUCAGCUGUAUAUAGUCAUAUGUUAUUUUACAGCUUCGUACAUGUACACACCCCCAUGACAUUUGGACAUUGAAUACAUCAUCCUACUUAAUACAUGCUAUAAAUAUGUGUAAAUAAAAUAAUUUUAUAAUAUCA